CCCCGCUUCUCAUCCUGUCUCCGGGCUUGGCGGCCUCCGCGCCUCUUGCCCGGUUUCGCCCGCAGGCUGCUGGGGCCUCGGAGUCCCUCAGAUCCUCGGACAUCCCCGAGCGGUAACUCCUCUUCUGCAGUUGCUUUUGGAUAGAAGUAUGCCCUUUUCCUGAUAGAAGAUGAUAAUCUUGGAGAAUGACCAUGGAGAAGGGGAUGAGUUCUGGAGAAGGGCUGCCUUCCAGAUCAUCUCAGGUUUCCACUGUUAAAAUAACAGUGAAAGAAUUAGAAACAAAGCAGUCCUGUAAAGACAAACGUGGGGGCUUUGUGCUGGUGCAUGCAGGUGCAGGUUAUCAUUCUGAAUCCAAAGCCAAAGAAUAUAAGCAUGUAUGCAAACGAGCUUGUCAGAAGGCAAUUGAAAAGCUGCAAGCUGGUGCUCUUGCCACAGAUGCCGUGACUGCAGCUCUGGUGGAACUCGAGGAUUCUCCUUUUACAAAUGCAGGAAUGGGAUCUAAUCUAAACCUCUUAGGGGAAAUUGAAUGUGAUGCAAGCAUAAUGGAUGGAAAAUCCCUAAAUUUUGGAGCAGUUGGAGCACUGAGUGGAAUCAAGAAUCCAGUCUCAGUUGCAAACAGACUCUUAUGUGAAGGGCAGAAGGGCAAGCUCUCAGCAGGCAGAAUUCCUCCCUGCUUUUUAGUUGGAGAAGGAGCCUACAGAUGGGCAGUGGACCAUGGGAUACCUUCUUGUUCUCCUAAUAUCAUGACCACAAGAUUCAGUUUAGCUGCAUUUAAAAGAAACAAGAGGAAACUAGAGCUUGCAGAAAGGGUGGAAACAGAUUUCAUCCAACUAAAGAAAAGAAGACAAUCAAGUGAAAAGGAAAAUGACUCAGGCACUUUGGACACAGUGGGUGCUGUGGUUGUGGACCAUGAAGGGAAUGUUGCUGCUGCUGUCUCCAGUGGAGGCUUGGCCUUGAAACACCCAGGGAGAGUCGGACAGGCUGCUCUUUAUGGAUGUGGCUGCUGGGCUGAAAAUACUGGAGCUCAUAAUCCCUACUCCACAGCUGUGAGUACCUCAGGGUGUGGAGAGCAUCUUGUGCGCACCAUAUUGGCUAGAGAAUGUUCCCACGCUUUACAAGCUGAAGAUGCUCACCAGGCUUUGUUGGAGACUAUGCAAAACAAGUUCAUCAGUUCCCCCUUCCUCGCCAGUGAAGAUGGUGUGCUCGGUGGAGUGAUUGUUCUCCGGUCAUGCAGGUGCUCUGCAGAGGCUGACUCCUCCCAGAAUAAGCAGACACUUCUCGUGGAAUUUCUGUGGAGCCACACAACGGAGAGCAUGUGUGUUGGAUAUAUGUCAGCCCAGGAUGGGAAAGCCAAGACUCACAUUUCAAGACUCCCUCCUGGUGCUGUGGCAGGACAGUCCGUUGCAAUUGAAGGUGGGGUUUGCCGCCUGGAGAACCCAGUGAACUGACCAUGCAGGCUGAGUGUGAAGUGUCUGAGGCAUUUUGGGAACCUGAGCUUUGGGGUAUUUAUCUGAAGUUGGAUGUUUUAAACUCCUUGUUCUAUAAUUCCUGUUGCAAGCUUGGGCACCGUUUGGGACACAAGUGCUGCUGUAGUUAGCGCCUGGUGACAUGCAGGCCAUUGGUGGGCGAGUGGGAACGUGUGUGCUGUGUGUGUGGUAUGUGUGCUUGCUUCUCCCUGAUGAGAUAGCAUCUCUUCAUGUGUAACCUAUAACUGGGAAUGAUCCAAUCACUUUUACGAAAUGUGUGCUUUAACUGUUUACAAGUAAAACCUAAAAUGUUUUUAUUUCAUAAAGAAGUACCAACUGUUGUUGAUGUAAUGUAUCUAAACUGAGCAUAAAUCUGCUUGUUUAAAUGACUUGACAGUAACCGUGCUCCAUGUAAUAGCAGUGAUAAGUAAUACAGUGUUUUUGUCUGUUAGCCAGUUUAAGGGGUUUGGUAUAACCUAUACUUGUUCUCAUCCCUCAUCUGGUACAUUUUUCUUUUAACAAUGAAUGGUUUCAGUGAAACAAUCUGGUGGAGAAUUAAGGGCAGAACCUUUUAAAAUAAUAGUCUUAUUGAUAAAAGUUUUUACUUCUUUCCCAAGCUUUCUAAGCUUAAUAUCAUAUAACUUCAAGCUACAUGUGCUAUAUUAUGAAAGAAUAUGUAAAGAGAACGUUCAGUAAUGCACAGUCUUAAUUUGUGUAUAAUGGAAUGUUAUUUACAAUGUAACACUGUAAAUAAGAAAACAAAGUUUAUGGGAAAAUCCAAUAUUAUCUUUGUUUCUUGUUUAAAUAUAUUUUUAAGAU